AUGCGACUGUCUUCCCUCCUUCACCUAGUUGUCGAGGCGACUAUCGCCCACGCCCUUUUCGACCCAUCUCGUUUUACAUGGUACACCACACCAGCCAACAAUUUCUCCUCAACAUUACCACUCGGAAAUGGCCGACUAGGCGCAGCAGUCUGGGGCUCUACAGUGGAAAAUAUAACCCUGAAUGAGAAUUCCAUAUGGGGCGGCCAGUUCAUGGACCGCGCCAACCCGGACGCGUACAACGCUUUAGAUCCUGUCCGGUCCAUGCUUAAACAAGGGAACAUCACAGCGGCUGGAGAGAUGACGUUGGAGAAGAUGGUCGGAAGUCCAGAUGAGCCUCGGGCUUAUCAUCCACUUGGUUCGUUAGUCCUGGACUUCGGACAUGAGGGUUCUCAUAUCGAGAACUAUACCCGGUCAUUGGAUUUGCUCAAGGGGCGUGCGGUUGUGGACUAUGAGUAUCACGGUGUUAAAUUCUGGCGGGAGUACGUUGCCAGCCACCCAGCUGGUGUGAUUGCAGCGCGACUUAGGGCUAGCGAGGGUGGCCGGUUAGAGGUUGCGGCUUCGCUAUUUCGUGAUCGGUAUGUACUGGAGAACGCAGCGACCGUAGGAAACAACACCGGACUACUCAAACUCCGCGCCACAACGGCCGAGUCAGACGGGAUCAACUUUUCCGCAGCGGCCCGGAUUGUUGCCCAUGGAGAAGGGCGAGUAUCACGCAACGCAAGCUCUGUAGUAAUCCAAAACGCAACCGUCGUGGACAUCUUCAUUAAUGCCGAAACAUCUUAUCGGUAUGCUGACCAGACAACAUGGGAGGCAGAGAUAGAGCGCAAGCUCGACGCAGCCGUGCUGGCCGGGUUUCCUGCCAUCGAGAAAUCAGCCACGGCUGAUCAUGAAGCCCUCGCAGGGCGAGUACAUCUCGACCUAGGGUCAUUAGGCGCUGCAGGGCAGUUACCUACUGAUGUGCGACUUGAGAGAUACAAGAUCGACCCUGAUGCGGACCCCGAACUAGUGACUCUCAUGUUCCAGUUCGGUCGGUAUUCUCUCAUCGCGUCGUCGCGGGAUAUGGGCCCUUCGCCGUUGCCUCCCAAUCUCCAAGGGCUCUGGAACGAGGACUUCGAGCCUGCGUGGGGAGGGCGAUACACGGUGAACAUUAACCUGGAGAUGAACUACUGGCCAGCCGGCGUAACGAACAUGGCAGAAACGCUAGGGCCGCUUAUAUCUCUCCUCGAAACCGUGCAGCCCCGAGGGCAGGAUAUUGCGCGGCGCAUGUACCACUGCGAUAAUGACGGCUAUGUUUUACAUCAUAACACGGACCUCUGGGGAGAUGCGGUUCCAGUGAACAACGGGACUAAGUGGACGAUGUGGCCGAUGGGUGGUGCAUGGUUGUCUGCGAAUCUGAUGGAGCAUUAUCGUUUCACGCAGGACGCAGCUCUCCUGGAAGAACGCAUCUGGCCGCUAUUGCGGUCUGCUGCCCAGUUCUACCAUUGCUACCUGUUCCCUUUCAAUGGCUAUCUGAGCACGGGACCUUCAUCUUCACCAGAAAAUGCGUUUGUCGUGCCGGACAACAUGAGCCAGAGCGGCAAGGAGGAGGGCAUCGACAUCGCUCCGACGAUGGACAACACGCUUUUAUCAGAGCUCUUCCACUCUAUUAUAGAAACCGGUAAAAUCCUGGGUAUCAACAACGCAGAUACCAGCAAAGCAGUAUCCACGUUACCACUCAUCAAGCCUCCACAGAUCGGAUCCUACGGACAGAUCCUCGAAUGGCGUCACGAAUACGAAGAAACAGAACCAGGCCACCGACACAUGAGCCCCAUCUUCGGGCUCUUCCCAGGAUCUCAAAUGACGCCCCUUGUGAAUUCAACAUUAGCCGCCGCCGCAAAGGUCCUACUGGACCACCGUAUCGCCCAUGGCAGCGGCAGUACAGGCUGGUCAAGAGCGUGGACGAUUAGUCUUUACUCUCGCUCGUUCGACGGAGACGCCGCCUGGAACCACACCCAGGUAUUCCUGCAGACGUAUCCGAGCGCGAACCUGUGGAAUACAGACUCUGGACCUGGGUCGGCCUUCCAGAUUGAUGGUAACUUUGGGUUCACGGCAGGCGUUGCUGAGAUGCUGCUGCAGAGUCAUGCUGGGGUGGUGCAUUUGCUGCCAGCUUUGCCGUCAGCUGUGCCAAAUGGGAAGGUGACCGGGCUGGUGGCCAGGGGGAACUUUGUGGUGGAUAUGGAGUGGUCGGGUGGUAAGCUGACUUGGGCGAGGGUCACGGCUAGAGCGGGUGGGAUAUUAGCGAUACGUGUGCAGGAUGGAAGAGAGUUUAGUGUGAAUGACACUGUGUAUAGAGAGGAGAUUUCGACUGCCAAGGGCUAUAUAUACGAGAUCUCACCGCUAUAG